UUUUUUCUUCUGCUUCCAGGUUGUAAAGAGAGAGAUCUUUGGGAAUGUCCAUCCAAUAAACAAUGUCUGCAGCCCACACUCAUCUGUGAUGGGUUUCCAGACUGUCCGGAUGACAUGGAUGAAAAAAACUGCUCAUUCUGCCAGGACGACGAGCUGGAGUGUGUCGACCACGGGUGCGUGUCACGUGACCGGUGGUGUGACGGAGCCCCAGACUGCGGGGACAGCUCGGACGAGUGGGACUGCGUGACGCUUUCCAAAACGUCAAACUCCUCUUCCUUCCUGACUGUUCACAGAGCUGCCACGGAAUACCACGUGUGUGCGGAUGGCUGGCAGGGCACGCUGAGUCAGCUGGCCUGCAGGCAGAUGGGUUUAGGAGAACCAGCUGUGACCGAGUUAGUACCAGAGCAGGAGAAAGACCAGCAGUGGCUGACGCUACGCCCCAACUGGGAGAACCUCACUGGGACCACUCUGCAAGGGCUGCUGGUGAACGGGCAGUCUUGCCAGAGCAGAAGUAAGAUUUCUCUUCUGUGUCAUAGACAAGACUGUGGGCGCCGUCCCGCUGCCCGAAUGAGCAAGAGGAUCCUCGGGGGCCGGACCAGCCGUCCGGGCCGGUGGCCCUGGCAGUGCUCCCUGCAGAGCGAGCCCGGUGGGCACAUCUGCGGCUGCGUCCUCAUUGACAGGAGAGCGCUGGCGGCGUGGACGGUGGUCCUGGGCGCCCACAACCUGGACCGCCCGUCGGCGUCCGUGCAGACGCGGCCCGUGAAGACCGUGGUCCUGCACCCGCGCUACAGCUGGGCCGGGGCCGACUACGACGUGGGCGUGCUGGAGCUCGGCGAGGACGUGGAGGAGACCAGCCACGUGCGGCCCGUCUGCCUGCCCCGCCCGGGGCAGUGGCGCGAGGCCGACAGCUACUGCCACAUCACCGGCUGGGGACACAUGGGCAGCAGAAUGCCUUUUAAGCUGCAGGAGGGAGAGGUCCGCAUCAUUUCUCUGGAGCAGUGUCAGUCCUACUUCGACAUGAAGACCAUCACCGCCCGGAUGAUCUGCGCCGGGUACGAGUCCGGCACGGUGGACUCAUGCAUGGGUGACAGUGGUGGGCCUCUUGUUUGUGAGGGGCCCGCCGGACAGUGGACGUUAUUUGGUUUGACCUCGUGGGGCUCCGUCUGCUUUUCCAAAGUCCUGGGGCCUGGCGUGUACAGCAACGUGUCGUACUUCGUUGCAUGGAUUCAAAGACAAAUCUACAUACGGACCUUCCUCCUGAACUGACUCCAGGGAGGAUCAGAGAUUUUGCCAGCCACACUCAAAGCCAACGGCCUUCUUGACUGUGAAGGGCUUCCUGCAGAGAGCUACCCAGAAGCCAUUUUUCAUGGACAGGGAAUGCUCACCACUGCACCGCAGAUUUGCAUGUUUGUUUCGGACUACAGUUUUUCAGCUUUGUUUUUCUCUUAUUUCAAGUUUGGCGAAAGACUUUUAAAAACAAAACAAAACAAAAAAAAACCUAGGCAAAACAGGCUUUGUUCUUUUGCCAAAACUAACCUUGACUGCAGCACGAGAAAUUAUCAACUCUGGGGAGAUUUAAAACGACACAGGAGCUCUAGAGUGACCUGUCACAGGAAUGUCCCCUUUUUAUCCUAUCGCACAAAAGACACUGAGAUCCAGGCCAACGAGUUAAUAAGCUUUGCCAGUUUUUGUUUCCCAAGCACAGGAGCAUGCAGGCAAAUUUCAACAUUAACAUUAGAGACUUGCUUUUUUGAUUUAUUAAAAGCCAAGCUCAUUUUCAUGUUUAAAUUAUUUACUGUUCCUCUUCUAAUGCUUGCAUAGUUCCGAGAACUUAUAAAAGACAGAGGGGAAAAGACGAACAGCAUCCAUUUAGGUAGCAAAACAUAUUGAAUGCAGAGUUCUUUUAGACUUCAGUAUUAACACCUGGCAUUAUAGGAUGGCCCAUUCUGGAUUUAAAUCAAGGUUGUAAUUCUAUAGAAAAGUUUCUAUAAGAACUUCCCACAUAGCUGGGGUUUGUUCAGUGGAGAUAAGUUGGUUGAUUGAGAUUUCAAAAACUAAAUCAAUACUCCUGGGAAAUAUUUUGCUUUGCCUAUAUGACAAUAAAGUGGAUAUUAAACUUUGCCAACAGAGAAUUUGGUAUAGAAUGGAGCAAUGCAAUUUUUUAUAAAAGAAAAUUAAAUUGCAUUCCUCUCUCAAUUAAAUAUUUUUUUUCUGUGUUCAUGCAUAU